GAGCGACAGCCACCGAUGCGUGGUCAUAUGACGAAAAUCUGCGAUGCCUCACCUAAAGCCGAUUCUCAAACCUGCGUUUGCCACGAAAUGCUGACGACAGUGAAAUAUAUCGAAAUGCUAUUGGAUACGUAGCGGUUGCUCGUGUCUGCACGGGCAAAAACAGCUGUCGUGAAAAUUUGCCCUCGCCUUCUUCGACCUCGCUACGAUUAAUCGCACCGCUGGGAUCCCGGCGGGAGUUUGAUUCAAACGCUAAUAUAUUGACGACAUAAUUGUUUCCGAAGUUUUUAGUUGUAAUUUGAAGACCAAUUUAUCCAUUCGGCUCCCAAUAUUUAUUCCAAAGAAUGGAUUGUAUGAGAUUAUUAGAAACGUUGGAUUAUUUGGGGUAUGGGGGUGUUUGCGUUGGGACGGAAAAUUCACAGGUUCUACAAAAUUCUUUAUUAAUUCUUCAGAAAGAGAAUCAUUUUCGCAAAUGCUAUUACUGGGGAAGAAUAAACGGGGUGCAAAAUGAUUACUAUAUCGCUUAUGGGUACGAAAACGAUUGUUUAAAUGGUCGAAUAUAUUUUUAUAGCACAAAUUGCCUCGACUGGAUGCUAAUGCCAAAGGUCACGAAAUGUGGACGAUUUCUAGCACCACUAGCUGUGACCAAACUAGAAGGAGAUACUUCUGUAAUUACUAAUGUUUACAAGGCUAAUCCACCUUAUCCGCCAAAUGAAGAUCCCAAACGGCACUACAAGGGACCAAUACCAAGCGAACUAAAAGAGGAAGAUCGUUUAGCAUCAAUCGUGGAAAUGAUCAACGAAGAUGCUUUUAUUGUUCCAAGAGGUGCUUGGUUCAAAUGCCCUAAUGGAGAAAUUAGAGAUAAUCCAGGUUUUCAGGGGCUUAGCGUAUUUGAUGCUCGACAUCUGAAAUCAUUUCUACAUGGUAGACUUCCGCAUGAAAAAUGGAAUACAAACCUUCUGACUAGAUCAGAUUAUAAUUAUGCUAUUGACUUUUUGGAUACUAUUGAUAGAGAUAUUCCAGAAGGAUGCUGGAAUUUACAACUUGUGCAAGGAUGUUGUACAGUUAUUUUGCAUAGCCUCUUCUGGCCCGGAAUGAUCUUUUAUCACACUCUAAAUUCACCUCACUACGGAUCACUUUAUGUUGGAAAUGGCAAAAAGAAUUUGGAUGUGCCAUUCAUGAUUUGAUUCACGACUGCACAAGCCUUCGCGUUACAUAUGAUCUUUAUUGUAUGAACAUUCUUCAGAUUCUGGCUUCUUUCUACUAAGAUUCGUAGUAUAGUGCAUAGUUUAAGGCAAAUUACAUGUAUCUAGUUUACAUCAUGUGAACAAAAUCUGCCUCGCUUUAU